GCCCCCUCGCCCGCCUCCUGAACACCCUCGCUCCGACCAUUGCAGAGGCUUCCUCGGUCGCCACUGCGCCAGUAUUUUUUUUUUUUGUCGCUGGCAAACAGCCGGAGAAAGAGAUAGUCAGCAGCUCAUGGAGAGGCUGCGAGGAGUCGGGAGAGUAGCCAUCAGCGACUGGCCUCACCCGCUGGUUUUCCUUCGUUUUCAGUGAAAUCCCAUUUUCUGGCUGGAGACACAGAUGGCCUCAAAUGAGAGAGAUGCUAUAUCGUGGUACCAAAAGAAGGGCUUCAAAAACAAACCAAAAAAGAUGGGUCACAUAAAGCCAGACUUGAUUGAUGUUGACUUAAUCAGAGGCUCAACUUUUGCCAAAGCCAAACCUGAAAUUCCGUGGACAUCUCUGACUCGGAAGGGGCUUGUUCGAGUUGUUUUUUUCCCACUGUUCAGCAACUGGUGGAUUCAGGUUACCUCUUUAAGAAUCUUUGUUUGGCUGCUACUGCUUUACCUCAUGCAAGUUAUAGCGAUUGUGUUAUAUUUAAUGAUGCCUAUUGUGAACGUAAGUGAAGUACUUGGACCCUUGUGCCUUAUGUUACUCAUGGGAACUGUCCACUGUCAAAUUGUGUCUACUCAGAUAACAAGACCAUCUGCAAACAACGGAAAUCGGAGAAGAAGAAAAUUACGGAAAACUGUAAAUGGUGAUGGAAGCCGAGAAAAUGGAAAUAAUAACUCCUCUGACAAAGUCAGAGGCAUAGAAACUUUGGAAUCUGCACCCAUUAUUGGUGGGGUUUGGCGGACUCUGUUUGGCAACAGGAUUAGAAGAGUGAAAUUAAUAUCUAACAAAGGGACUGAAACUGACAAUGACUCAAGUUGUCUACAUCCUAUCAUUAAGAAGAGACAGUGUCGACCAGAGCUUAGAAUGUGUCAAACAAGAGAGAAAACAAAAUUUUCAGAUGGAGAAAAGUGCCGUAGGGAGGCUUUUAGGCGUUUGGGGAAUGGAGUUUCAGACGACCUGUCAAGUGAGGAGGACGGUGAAGCACAGACACAGAUGAUGCUGUUGCGUCGGAGCGUGGAAGGGGCCUCAAGUGACAAUGGUUGUGAAGUUAAGAACAGAAAAUCAAUACUUUCAAGGCACUUAAACUCUCAGGUAAAGAAAACCAGUGCAAGAUGGUGUCAUAUUGUGCGGGACUCAGAUAGUUUGGCUGAAUCAGAAUUUGAAUCAGCAGCCUUCAGCCAGGGCUCUAGAUCUGGUGUGAAUGGCUGCUCUCGAAGCCUCAACCUGUCAAGAAGAGACUCAGAAAGCACCCGCCAUGACUCGGAGACCGAAGAUAUGCUGUGGGACGACCUGCUGCAUGGCCCAGAGUGCCGAUCGUCUGCCACCAGUGACAGUGAGGGGACCCACGUGAGCACUCUGCACUCAGGAACCAAACGUGACCCGAAAGAGGACGUUUUCCAGCAGAACCAUUUAUUCUGGCUUCAGAAUUCAAGUCCUGCUUCUGAUCGCGUCAGUGCAAUAAUCUGGGAAGGGAAUGAGUGUAAAAAGAUGGACAUGUCUGUGCUGGAGAUGAGUGGCAUCAUCAUGAGCAGGGUUAACGCAUAUCAGCAAGGAGUAGGUUAUCAAAUGUUGGGAAAUGCUGUCACUAUUGGAUUAGCAUUUUUUCCUUUUUUACAUCGACUUUUCCAUGAGAAGAGCUUUGACCAACUGAAGUCCAUUUCAGCUGAGGAGAUCUUGACUCUCUUUUGUGGGGCACCUCCUGUUAUGCCUGUUAUUAUUUUGUCUAUAAUUAAUUUUUUUGAAAGAUUGUGUCUUACAUGGAUGUUUUUUUUCAUGAUGUGUGUGGCAGAGAGAACAUACAAACAGAGAUUUUUAUUUGCAAAACUCUUCAGCCAUAUUACUUCUGCCAGGAAAGCUAGAAAAUAUGAAAUACCUCAUUUUAGACUUAAAAAGGUGGAGAACAUUAAAAUAUGGUUAUCGCUGCGUUCCUAUCUAAAGAGACGGGGCCCGCAGCGCUCGGUUGACGUGGUCGUGUCCUCCGUCUUCUUACUGACGCUUUCCAUUGCUUUUAUCUGCUGUGCCCAGGUUCUCCAAGGACAUAAGACUUUUCUGAAUGAUGCUUAUAACUGGGAGUUGUUGAUUUGGGAAACAGCUCUACUGCUUUUCUUACUGCGCCUGGCCUCACUGGGGUCAGAAACCAAUAAGAAGUACAGCAAUGUUUCAAUAUUACUCACUGAACAGAUUAAUUUAUAUCUUAAGAUGGAAAAGAAGCCAAACAAGAAAGAACAGCUCACUCUAGUAAACAAUGUAUUAAAGCUGUCCACCAAGUUGUUAAAAGAGCUGGACACACCAUUCAGACUCUACGGGCUGACGAUGAAUCCCCUCAUCUACAACAUCACAAGAGUAGUCAUCCUCUCCGCCGUCUCAGGUGUUAUAAGUGACCUUCUAGGAUUUAAUAUAAGAGUUCUGAACGUCCUGGUCCUCCAGAUUCCCCACCGUCUCUCGACUCGGCGAGGCUGCUUGAUUCAGUGCAGCCUAGAAACUGCAGGAAGCCACCCGGGGGGCCGGGGGACCGGGGGACGCACUGGAUUCCAUGUCCUGUGCUGCCUGCCACCUACAUCCUACAGUCCGUUUUUUAAAAUAUAUAUUUUCAUAUGUAUAUAUGUAUAUAUCCAUAUAUCUCCAUCCCCAUUUGUUCUUAGUUUUAAGGUGGGGGAGUAAAUGCUUCCGCCACCUUAGUAACUGACAGUCUGCCCGCUUGCUGACGCUGAGGGUCCCCGUCUAGUCUGCUCUCCAGUCACUUGCAGCUUCCUCGCUGCCAGGUUAAGACAACUUGACUCUCGCCUCAGCUGCUCUGCUGACUUGCUGGUCUGUUUCUGUUCUUGCCUCGUGCGGUUGGUUCUCCACAGCCACAUGAGUGAACUUGACAAAUAGGAGAUGUCCUCAAAAGCUCAUAGGGAUGCAUAUUAGGAAAAACUGUGCAUGGCUUUCAAAGUUUUUUCACCAAAAUAAAAAUCUCUGUUCUUUGUGAUGAACUUUGUGAAGCAUGAUGUGUUUCUGUCAUUUCUACCUCUGUUCUUAACCGGGCGGUAGCUUCCGUUCGCUUCCUGGGUACUUCCUGGGUACCUCUGUUUGCUUCCUGGGCGGUAGCCUGCAGCGCUCUUUGUUAAUGGGCCCGCUGUCCUCUCCAUCACCGCCUCCAUCACUCCCUGUGCCUUCCCUGCACCACGCUGUUUCUCCUGUGAGCCCUGAGCUGCCUGGAAUAUCUUCCUAUGUUCACCCCUGGUUGGCUAUGCAGCUGUCAGUUCCUUACUUGGGGUAGUUGUGUCAUUCUGGUAGUUUCCUUCAUGGCACUUAAAUCACAGUUAUCAUGUUAAGUCUGCCUACUUGUUUGUCUCCUUCCCCUCAAGAAUCUCAGCACCUUGAAGGUAGGACUUCUGUUCACUCCUAGGUCUCUAGGAUACAGGACAGCACCUGCCCCACAGUCGGUGCUCAAUAAAAAUGCUGACUGAAUCAAGACUAGACCCAAGUCAUUUACCAUUCAUGAAAUGUUGUUGUUGUUAGAAUAUAGGAUGGAAGAGCUGUAGUUUCCUGGUUCUCCUGCCCUCAGUGGUU